GUGAGCUUUGUCAGCUACAAGGCAUAAAAACAACAACAGAAAAACUAGAUUUAUGCACAGCAAUCAUUAAUUUUCGUUCAGUGAAGUGAGAACAUAUCUUGAACAAAACAAACACCAAAUACAAAAUUAAACAAGCCGUGUGUGAGUGUUGUUAACUAAAAUAAAAUGUGAACUACAGCAAACUUAGAAGCGAGUGACUAGGAAAACAGCAACAAUAAAAACAACAUCAGUACGCAGCAAGCAGCGGCAGCAGACAGCACAAUUUACGUGGCACAGUUGAUUUUCGCCGAGAAGAUGCCAAUUGAUUUUGAUUUUUGCAAAUUAUAACGAGACAUUUAUAUGAUUUGAUAGCGGGCAGGAAUUUGCAACACACGAGUCUUUGGCAAGGUCAUAUCGAUUGUCAUCAGCUGCUGUCCGCCAUCUCUCCCCACCACCCCCUCGAAGCAGAAAAAAGCACCCACCCUUUCACAAAAGGCAACAUGCCGAGCUUGCACAAGCCAAGGAGGUGCUUGCACCAGAUGCUAAUAAUAUAUGGACUAAUAUUUGUUUCCAGUGCAACGACACUUGACCAGCUGCCGCCGCUGCUGCCUCUAUGUGACUCGGUCAAGUGUCCGCCGGACGCGGAGAUGCACUGCCCGGCGGAUAGUGUGGUGCGCGAGAACCUGAUUGCGGUGGAACUGAUUAAGUCAAAUGCGGUGGAGCUGCCUACAGAUUCGGGUAUUACAGACAAGGACAAUGAGACAACGGUGUCGGUGUCCUACCACAAUAGCUCGAUCUCCGAGAGCGACUACCAAAAGUGCUGCCUGCCCCGGAAGUGUGUGUGCAAGACCUGCUACAUUCCCGACUGCAACGGGGACGAGGUGGUGGCAGAGCUGGUGCCGGAGAACAUGCAGCAACCGGGCCAGUGCUGUGGCACCUACGAGUGUCGCGCCGAGCCCAAUUGCACAAAGGUCCUGGACACGGAAUUCAUGUGGCUGAAGGACUGCCAGCGGUGCAAGUGCAACUCCGGCUUUCUGUUUUGCCACCAGAGUUGCGACGAGCAGGCGGGUGGCGGCGUGUGCGAGUCCAAGAUACCGGGCAUAUUCUACAAGGACGGUGACACCUGGACCGAUGGCUGCCAGCAGUGCGAGUGCGUCAAGGGUGAGUCCAAGUGUGCCAUGUCCUUUUGCGGCAACCUCAACUGCCCCAGCGAGCGGCAGGUCAUGCUUAAGGACACCUGCUGUCCGGUGUGCUGGCCCAAGUGUGCCCCCAUGCCGCACGACGAUGGCUACAGGGAUUACUCGGACGAAGAGUCCCAGGAAUUGGAUACGGAGCAGGAGCAGGAGCAAGAUUCCCUGCCGCCACUGCUGGGCGAGCCACAGACCACCACCACCACCACCACCACAACUAGCACCAGCACCACCCAGGCUCCUGUCCAGCAAAAGUCGCAGUUGAUAGCCAUUAGUAGCUCCACAACCACUGCCCCUCCUGCACCCAUCACCAUUUGCCAGAGUGCCUUCGACCAGACCUACUACUACUUCAACUGGCUGCUGGGCUACGCGGUGUUGGCCACCAUUACCGUCUUCGUGCUGUCCGGCUUUAUCUGCCAGCAGCGCGCCAAGAAACGUUCCUACGAUCCGGUCUCCAUUCUGGACCACAGCAUCUGAGCAAGAAGAGAUCUUUCGAAAUACUACUAACUGCAACUACUAAUGUAAUCAAGCGUUAAUUAGACCCUAAGUAUUCCCGCUUUUUUUUAUUCAAACUUUAUGUUUUCGCUUUUUGAGUGUGGCCGGGCGUGCAAUUGAUGCAUUCAGGCCACUGGCCUGGUCACACUAAAUGAAUCGGCUUAGAAUCGCUUAGAUAGGAAUACCAAAUGCCCAACCAAGUCUUUCUAAUGCCUUUGCCUUUGUUUGUUUGGUAUUGAUCUCAUUUUAACUUUUCACUUUUUCACUUUUUUCAAAAGAGAGAACACGACAAAACAAAGGAAAAUGGAAAAACAGAAAAGAAACGAAACGAAAAAGAUAAGCAACGAACUUCCGCAGCAACAAAAUCAAAGUAUUCUUAUGAAAUUACGCAAACAACAAAAUAUUUAAUAAAAAAAAAACGAAACAAGAGUUACUAUUACUAAACACACACACACACAACAAAACGCAAAUCGAUGUAUGUAGUAUAUGUAUAUACUUAAUGCUUUCCCCUGCCUUCCAUGGGAAGUCCAUUAAUUUUUUUGUAAACUUAAACCUCGUUUGUAAGAGAACUAUAAUACCAAAUCAAAAUACUUAAAAGCGAGAGGAAUACCCAAUCGCUGCAGACACACAGGCGCACACGUUCGUCGUUUUAGUUUUUAGUUGUAGCUCUUAAUUUAGGAAGUAUGUGAUAUAUAUGCUAAUUAGCCUAUGUAAUUUGUCGACACCAAGGCACGCUGCUGCUGUUCCGUAGGAGGACAAACAGUAUUUGCAACACAAGACCCCAAUCCCGUAACGAAGUGGAUCGAAUCGUAAUCGAAAGAAGGAGGUUCUAUAUUUUAGCUAAUGUCAUAACGUUGCCACAUAAAUGUAUACUAUAAAGAACUUUAUUUAAAUUUAUGUUUAAAAAUAAACCAAAAUUGGUAUGCAAAGCGAGGAAACCAAUUAAA